AACACCCUCCCCCGCAUCACCAUCAAAUACUGCACCCAAUGUAAAUGGUUGCUGCGCGCUGCAUAUUUCGCCCAAGAACUCCUCUCAACAUUCACCACCCAACUCGGGGAAGUGGCUCUCGUCCCGGAAACAGGGGGCGUGUUUACAGAAAUGGAAGGUGACGUGUCUAUCACGUCGACGGUUCUAUGGGAUAGGAAGACGAAUGGGGGGUUUCCUGAAGUCAAAGUGCUUAAGAGUUUGGUGAGGAAUGUGGUAGAUCCUGGAAGGGAUUUGGGACAUACGGAUCGG